UUUGCUAAGUAUUUUUAUUUCCGAAACUAUACUUCUGGUAUGUUUUAUUCUUAAUUUUAGUAAAAAGUAAUGCAUUGUGAAUAAUGGAGUUGAAAGUGUAAAGAAAUUGAACAGUGGCUUUUAAUAUCACAAUAUGUGAUAGUUAGUGCUUAUCCAUACCAGGCGAAGAUAGUAGGGGAAAAAAUCGAUGUAUGCAAAUUACAUUGUACAAAAUAUUAAUCUUUGGAACGUUCGCCAAGUGCAUCUAGAUAAAUUAUUUCAUUAAACUGCUGGGUACAAUAAGACGUUUGAGUUAAGUGUGCUUUAGAAAAUCAGAAUUGUUUGCUUCUAUGAAGCAGGAAAAUCAUCUCUUAAAAAAAUAUCGCUUCUACAAAAACAUAUCUUAUGUUUGGAUAUUUAAAUAAGGAAGCCAAAAAAUACGAACAACUAAAACUCAAAACCAGGAAUAAAAGCUUCUAAAAUGUCCGAUAGCAGUGUGUUGCAUAUAAAACAGGAGUUGGAUAUCAGCACUUCAUGUUGCAGUCCAAGCACCUCCACAACAUUAGGUGUUAAUCGGUCUAAUUCGUAUUCGAACGGGACCAGCGGUAGUACAAGUAGCACCACCAGCAGUGGCAGUAUUGCAAGCGGCGGAGGCACAGGCGGGAAUACAUCUACUAGCGGUAAUAAAUCAUCACCUUCCGUGUCCCCAGAGCGACAGCUUUGUAGCUCAACUACUGCGUUAUCGGCUGACUUGCACAGCGUCACUUUGACUGGCUGUGAAGCAAGUAUACCGAUUACAUUGAAAGAAACUGAUUGUGGUGGAGACAAUGGAAAUUCUAUAACCAAUAGCAGUAACUCUAUGAACGGUGGUGGAGUCACAACCGGUGGUUCAAUACGUGACGAAUUGCGUCGCCUUUGUUUGGUGUGCGGUGAUGUGGCGUCAGGAUUCCAUUACGGCGUGGCCAGUUGUGAGGCUUGUAAGGCAUUUUUUAAGCGUACAAUACAAGGAAACAUUGAAUACACGUGUCCCGCUAAUAAUGAAUGCGAGAUCAAUAAACGGCGGCGCAAAGCAUGCCAGGCGUGUCGCUUCCAGAAAUGUUUGCUCAUGGGCAUGUUGAAGGAAGGUGUACGUUUAGAUCGGGUGCGUGGAGGUAGACAAAAGUACCGCCGUAAUCCAGUUUCAAACUCAUACCAAACAAUGCAGCUACUUUACCAGUCUAAUAGUACCUCCCUUGAAGAUAUCAAAGUCCUAGAGAUCCUAAACGCUUACGAGCCAGAUACACUAACGGUUCAACAGCUACCACAACAACCGCAUACGACUACAGAUGGCAAAGUCACCCAGAAUCGCUUAAUUAAGUUGGAACAUAGUAAUUGUGGAAGUGGUGCCAGUAAUAAUAGUAGCAACAGUGAGAUAUUAACUUCCAGUUUGGCAGCGCCAACUUCUCAGCCAAUAUGCAUUUUUCAAAACAACAAUUGUGAUACAGGCGAAGUUCUCGCCAUGCUCAGUGAUCUUUAUGAUAAGGAGCUAGUAAGCGUAAUUGGCUGGGCUAAACAGUUACCCGGCUUCACUGAGCUGCCACUAAACGACCAGAUGAAGCUUUUACAAGUAUCAUGGGCGGAAAUACUAACACUGCAGCUAAGCUUUCGUUCUUUGCCAUUUAACGGACGGUUAUGUUUCGCCACAGAUGUAUGGAUGGACGAAUUGCUUGCUAAGGAGUGCGGCUUCGCUGAAUUUUAUUAUCACUGCGUACAAAUCGCUCAGCGUUUGGAACGGUUAUCACCACGGCGAGAGGAAUAUUAUCUGCUUAAAGCAUUGAUUUUAUCAAAUUGUGAUAUUUUGCUAGAUGAUCAAAGUUCGUUGCGUGCAUUUCGUGAAUCGAUACUUAAUUCAUUAAAUGAUGUUGUGUGCUUAUUGCGUUACGGAUCAGCCGUUUCACAUCAGCAGCAAUUACUAUUGUUGCUUCCAGCAUUACGUCAAGCAGAUGGCAUAUUACGUCGUUUCUGGCGCGACAUUUGUCAUGAGGGUAAAAUAACAGUAAAGAAAUUGUUCGUUGAGAUGCUUGAACCUGUAUCCAGGUGAGAAUGACCUUGUGCAGGGCGCAAGAUAUGAAUGUUGCUGUAAAUAAAUAAUUCUCAUACGCAAUGGAAAAACUAUUUGGCGUGAACAAAGCAAUAGUAAAUAAAACAGAAACUCAAUGUAGUGGUAGGGAAUAUAAAUUCUUCGAUUGUGCAUCGGUGAGAGUGCUUGUGGCGGGGCUUUCAAGGCUUAAGUUUUGUACGUAAACAUAUCGAAUUUAGUACUAAUUAUAAAAUUUGUAUGCGAAUUUGCCGUUUGUAUUAUUGGUUUGGAAAAAAUGAAUCACACAUACAAAUACACAUCUCAUAAUUCUUCUUUCCUUGAAUAAUUAACAAUUCUUUCGAGAGAUGAAACUCGUUAUUUUGUUUUUAAUUUGGCAAAGGUUACACUUAAGAUGUACCGCAGCGAGGACCCAUUUUUUACAAAAUUAAAAAUAAAUAUAAGGGUGUUUUAAUAAACGCGUUCAUGCAAAUCAUUAAUUCGUCCCCUUAGUAUAACAAUAGCCUAUGUGCUCAUAGGCUAUUAUUUUUUUAUUGAAUUUUUGGAUUCUCCAUCGUCGAUUUUAUAUGUGGUCAAAAUUUUGUCAAACUCUAGUUCCACAAAGUGGGUCAAAACGUCAGUCAAAAAAUAAUAAAUAUUUACAGACAUAACGAGAUUUGAGUGAGAUACUUUCGACAAAAAGUUUGAAAUUCAUUUUCUCAAAACAUCAAAAAAUUUAUAGGCUAUUUUAAUACUAAGGGGACGAAUUAUUCUGAAUGGUUUUUCGUAACUUAUUUGGAAAAUAUUUUGGUUGGGUUUAUUGGAUACCAUCAUCUAUUGUUUAGAAAUAAUAGAGACUGAUGCUUUGUAUUAGCGCGCCCUUGAAGUCAUCCAUAUUUCGGGUAUGAUAUUGCAUACUAUAUAUAUAUAUUCUUAUAUAUAUAUUGUAUACCGUUAUGAAUUUAUAAAAUAUGAAAUACUAUACAUGUAAUAAAAAUUUCAACUUUUGCAUACAAAUUUUCAUAAGAAACUCGGUUUUUCUUUCUUUCAUUUAACAACUUAGAAAAUUACCCACAAUCUACCCCUACUCUGCUUCAAAAUCAUCUAAAUGCAGUAUUCCUAAAUGAAAUAUAACACAAAUGAAAUGCAUUUCUAAACAUUAUUCAACGAUUGCACCUUAAUAUAUAUAUGUACAUAUAUUAUAUUAAGAGUGAUCCAUUCGCAUUUUUCAAAAGAUUGGGAUACGAAAAUCAGAUAUGCAUUGAAAACUGGUGACAGAAAUCCAUGCCAUGAAGUUUUUAAAUGAUGUAAACAACCAAAAAUGGCAUUUACUUGUAUAUACAUACAUAUAAGCCUUAUUCGAGGCAUGUAUAGGGUUAUUCAAUAGGUGCGCUUCAACUUUUUUCCGAUAGGGAGGGCGAACGACGCAAUAUUUUUUAUUUUUCGCUUGUCAUUUGUAAACUUCAUUAGUAUACAUUUCAUCAUGGAACGCUACACACUUGAGCAACGAUUGCAAAUCGUGCAAAUUUUUUAUGAAAAUAAUCGUUCUGUUGCUGAUACUUUAAGAGCAUUACGGCCAUUUUACGGUCCAUUUAACAAGCCGCCCCGUUUUGGGUAUGUGAAGUCAUUGGUCUACAGUAACAAGCCGGCGACGAUUUGUGAGCUCAGAGCCAAUAUUGAACGCGAAAUUGCUGGAAUUUCGGCCGAUUUAUGCAAAAGAGUGGUCGAAAAUUGGGUUCAACGAUUGGACUUCGUAAAACGUGCACGCGGUGGUCAUGCAAAAGAAAUCGAAUUUCAUGCUUAAAUGUACAGGGUUGGCCAUAUUAAACUGACCCAUGUGAUUAUUAAAAAAAUAUGGAAAAAGAAACAUUUUUUUGUGUUUCAUUGUGAAAAACAUUUAAUUUAGUUCAAGGAGAUUCGUUUACAUCACUUUUUGAAUAUGAUAUCGCGCAAGUGGUCGCCCUUAGCUCGUAUAGCGUAAUGUGCCCGUUUUUCGGCGUUUUCCAUAGUUUUGGCCAGCGUCUCGGCCGAUAUGGCGGCUAUUUCCCGUCGGAUAUUGGCCUUAAGUGCGCCUAGUGUCUUUGGCUUGUUGACGUAAACCUUAGAUUUCAAAUUACAGUAAAAAGUUAUAGGGUUACUCAAUGGGUCAGUUUAAUAUGGCCAACCCUGUAUAUGUUCAAACUCGAUAAUAAAAAAAAAAUUAGUUAAAAAAGUCAGACCGUUUGUGUUUUAUUCAAGUUCAAAAGUUGAAGCGCUCUUACUGAAAAACCGUAUAUAAAAUAAACGUUUGCAACCCUGUAGCAAAUGCUAAACGGAUACCUUUUUAGGUGAAGGGAAUACGUGUGUAAAUCAAAAUAAUGCAGUUUUCUAUAAAUAUUUCAAGACAAUUUCGAUAUUGACGGUAAUUGAAUAAGACAAAUAAAGGAAUGAAACAAGCGUGCAAACAAAAUUUUUAUGAUACAGAUUUAAAAGCCAUUGCGCGCAACAAUAGCCGAAUUUUUGGCAGUUAGAAAAUUAUACUUUGCCGAAGCUGCCAGAAUUUCACAUCGAACGUGACACUUGAAGAUAUCGAGCGCAACACAGCUGUUGUCAUUGCAACUCGAGCAAGCCCAUAGUGUACGUUUUGGGUUUCAUAUUAGGCUCGAAUUAAAAAUAAAUAUCAUUAUAUAUAAGAAGAUGUUGGCAAUCUAAAUCAGUACGAACAAAACGGGCACGUGCGAGUGGUCUGUCAUUUGUGACUAUGCGCUCAAACAAUGGGAUAAGUAGUAACAAGAUUUGAGUACCGAAUGUUUGCAUACAUAUGUACAUAUAUGUAUGUACUUGCUUAUCAACAUUUGCUAGUACUUAUGCGCUCAUAACUGAAAUGGCAUUAAAAAUUAUACUCGUAAGAUACUUAUAAAAAAGGCAAACGGCAGACUUUAAUUUUUAUUUCAGCUCACCUCCUCAUGUUACAGUGUAAAUUUUCUUAAUAUACAAUUUCGAUUUCUCUAAAUCGUAAGUAACGGCCUAUGUUUUUGGGGUUUCAAUAUAGUGUACUUUUGGAUGAUGCCAAGGAUUUUCUUACACGGUUGAAGCGUAGGGUCCAGCGAGGAUUUUUAAAUCAUUCGUAAAUAAAAUAUAAAUCAUUCGUGCACCCAUAAACGAAAAAACAGAGCAUGUACAUCCAGCUAAGCCGUUUAUUGCUCAAGAAAACUUUCAAGCCAUACACAGGAUUCCACUAUAAACUUCAACCGUCUGGAGUAUAUCACAAACAAGCUACAUAUGGUUAUAUAUGCAUUUGUAUAUACGUUGUUAUUUAUUUUAUAGUUUACCGAUUGAAAUGCUUUGCCCUGAUAUACUACAUAUGUAUUUCAUAUUUUAAUGCAGUUAUAAUUCUUUAUCCCUAAUCUUUAGAAAAUGUGUGAAAUGGAAGAAGAAAAUUCAGAUUUCUGCAAUUUAUUUUCAUCUAAUAGUCCUGAAUUAGACAUGUAUUUAUGUAUGCAUAUGUACAUAUGUACUUGGUAUGUAAUUGAAAGCCUAAAGCCUAAAGCCUAAGCAAAAAAUGUGAAACCCACAAUUCAUAUUUAUGUCUCUUUAAAUAAGAAAUGCAAGACUUUAAUCGCGUUUCGUGUUGGUCUAAUGAUAAGCAUAUUUGAAUAGAACAAUAAACCCAAAUACCGUUACUGUAAAACUUACGGAAUACGAGUACAUACAUUCAUACCUGCUUUAUCACACUCAUUUAUAUAAAGGUGAAAAUAUGGCGAUAAAAAACAUGUAUACGUAUGUACAAUAUAUGUAUAAAAGUACAUAUACCUACUUAUAUGUAUGUAAAUAGGUAUAACUACUUAAAAAAUAUUUGUCUAUUAAGUAUUGUACUUUAUAGUAGAAUUUUUGUAAAUAAUAUUGAAAUUAGUUUAAACUGAGAAUCAAGUAGUUUGUAAGUGGUAGCAAUGUAUGUACAUAUAAAGUGUUAUGCAAAUACAAAAGGUCUGGCAAAUUCGAAUUUCUUUUUUUAAAUUCAAGUUAAACACAUAUUUUGAAUGGAAAUUAAAUACAUAAUAUUUUUAUUGGCAAACGAACAUGUAAAAGAGGGUCUACAAUUUUUGAUUUAUAGAUUAUAAAUGAUAUUUUCGAAAUAAUCUCAAUAAUCCAAAUAAUUUAGUGAAAUUUCCGAUGACAUUCAGACAUAAUUAAGUCCAAAACUCGGUUAUUUUAGCGGCCAAAUUACUGCAAAAUAUCGUGAAGUUUUUCUUCCUCGGAAUUCGGUUAUGCAAUAAAUUUAUUAAUUCUCACCGUCCACAAAUCAUUAAACGUUGCUAACAUAUCUCGAUAUUGCAAUUUAUUAAAGCUAAACUCCUUUCUUGCUGCAUUUUCAAAAAAAUGAACAAAGUACACGACCAGCGAUACUUUCAAUUGUAUGGUCCAUCCGUGAUCGUGCACUGGUGCCUUGUAACCGUGUCAGCUAACUCGAAUUUCGCGGUUAACUUUUUCAUCGCGUGCUCUGCUAUAAUUUUCGUAGUUGAUUUUAAUUAUUCUUAUAUGUUUAUCAAAAUAAUUUUAGUAAAUUGUAGAUUAGCUGUUAACUGGGACGGCUGUUAAAACAAAGCAAUGCUAAAAAAGAAAUUCGCACUUGAAAGGCCCUGUAGAUGCAGAGUAUAUAGUAGGUACAUAUUUCAGACUUUGGCGAACAAUUUGUAUUUGUAUACCUUUGAAAAUAAAACAAUAGAGCCAUGGAGCUUUUUCGUUGAUUUCAA